GACCAAGGCUGUUACGCUAUGAUCGGAUAUCGGCCUAAGCUGGGCAAGCCGCUCCCUGUGAACUUGCAAUCUCCGGAGUGUCUGAGGCAUCAAGGCACAAUACAACACGAACUUCUCCAUGUGCUAGGGCUGAUGCAUGAACAGGCCAGGCCUGACCGGGAUACGUACGUCAAGAUACUCUGGGACAAUGUGGAACCUCAAUACAAAAAUGACUUUGGAAAAGCGAGAAAGACUGAAGUGACAACAUUUGAUGUUCCAUACGACUACCGGAGUGUUAUGCACUAUCCGAAGUACGCGUUUUCAAAAAACGGGAAGGACACCAUCGUGGCUGUUUCCCGGGGGAGUGGACUGUUGGGACUGUUACAGGGACAACGGGACGACCCCAGUAUAGACAUGGGACAGCGGGAAGCAGCCACAGAUGGGGAUCUGGAGAAGAUCCGCAGAAUGUACAAAUGUCCCACUACUGGGGGUUCCAAUUAAACAAAUGAUACAUCGCA